UGCUUUUAUAGACCUAAAACUGCUGCAGGUCCUUGAUCUGAGCUAUAACAUGCUGGUCACCAUUCCUGUUCCUGCCUACCAGUCCCUUCGAAACACCUUGGUCGAUGUCUCCUUCAACAGAUGGAAGUGUGACUGCAACUUGCAGGCCUUGAGAAGAUGGAUUAGUUUUGAUACUGAAAUGGGUGAUACUUCCUGGCAAGUGGUAUGUGCCUCUCCACCACAUCAUGGUGGAAAAGAUCUGCUUCACCUGAAGGAUUCGGAGCUUACUUGUCCAACAAAUGAAUACAGCACAUCUGGCCGCUAUCAUAACAUGAUUGUGGAUGAGGGGAUGCAAAUAUCAAUUCCUUGCAGCAAUGACAGUCAAGAUAUCAUGCAAGUUCAUUGGUGGACUCCACAUGGACAAGUCACAGAUAAUCAACCAAAACUUCUAAUUAAGGACAUCACAGAGCAGCAUGCAGGACUUUAUAUAUGCAUUUCAGGUCUUCAAGGGGAGCACAUAUCAGUAUUUGAUCUACAUGUCUAUAAAAAAGGCAGUGGCUCAAGACCACGUAGGGAAGCAGCAACCAUGUUGGAUAAGCAAGAAAAUAUGAACACACCAAGGAAUGACCCUGUUGUACGGGAAAGGAGCCAGUCAGAAUUCAUCCUUGCUGUCUGCCUCUCUGUCAUCAUUACAUUUAUUGUAGCCUUUAUCCUUGGUGUUCUUUUGAGACCACUCUUAGACAAAUUAUGGAGGAGAAUACAAUCCAAGAGACGAUCUACACCACCACCACCAACAGCCUCAUCCACUGGACCCCAGCCACAUGUGAAUGAAGGGUACUGUGAUGUAGAAGACCAAGAACGAGAAGUGAGAGUGGGUUCAACAGUUUCAUUUGGUGAAAUCACAGAAGUGGAAGAUCAAGUGCCUUACUACGUUACUGUAGAGAAUGAUCAAGCAGAUGGCUCCUCUGAGAGCAACACAGAAGGUGAGGGACUUUAUGAGAAUAUUGAAAGAAAGAAAUACUCAAUAGCUGGUGGGAAACAGCAGUCGCUAGAGAUGGAGGAUCACAGAGGAAGAGCAGACAGCAGUAGUAGCAGCUCACUACAGGAAGGGGAAGUGAAUGCUUUAGUUAAAAAUGGUGAGAAAUUGCCACCCUGCUCAAACGAAGACAUGGCAAAAUCCAUGGAAUUUGAGCCAAUUCCAGAUGCAAUUGAUAUCACCCAGUUAAAGAGAAGGGGCAGUUCUUCAACAUCAUCUCAGUCAAGUCAGGAAGGUAGCUUCUCAAGACAAACUGAAGAAAGUGUUGGCCCUCCUGCUGUCACUAUACAGGCAAACAAAAACACAAUGGAUAGAAUUCCAGGAUUUAGUACAGAGCCGUUUUCAGAAUGGUCAACCAGACUGACAGAACAGAAUGUUAAUAAUUUGGACCCAGAGUUGUGGAAUAACAGUGGAGAAAGCUUUUCUUUCACUGAUGGCUCUGAAAGGUCAAGUAUCCGGGAUAUCUCCAGCUCUGCUUUAGGACACCCACUGAAGGAUGAUGAGACAUGGAGGCAAAACAAAGUAGAAUCACCUUCAGACAAAAUAAACCUUGAUUCUGAGGUUCUUGUUUUUGACAAACCUUUUGGUAAAGAACUUCCUGUUGAUAAUGAGCUCUCUGACAUAGAAAGCUCCUCUAAUUCAAGUGAAAGUGGUGAAAGUGUAGGUGGACCAAACAAUUAUGUUGUAAACCCAGAGUUAAUGGAUGAAUCAGACAAAGGGAACUAUGCAAACCUGGUCACUUUAAAUAGAUUUGGCACUCUUGAAAAUGUCACUUUAAAUGAAAGAAUGCCUAGUGCUGACAUUCUUAUAAGACAAGAGACUGUCACUCUGGAGCCUUCAGACAUACAUUUGACAUUUCCUCAUGGAGAGAGUGUUGAUGAGAGUAUGCAUAUUUAUGACUCCCUGAGAAAGAGUGAAGAUGUGAACAUAUCAGACAAAUUUGGGAUAUGUGUAGAUGUGGAUCUUGAUACAGUAGCAAAGGUUAAAAGAUAUGUUGAAUUUAAACAGUUCGAACCUCAUUCUGGACCUCAAACUCUGCCAUCAUUUUCUCUUUCCUCAACAAAAAACAACAACACCUUAUCAGAUAUGGAGGUGAAAUCUGAAGCUAACACUGAUGCAUUCUCUGAACACAACAGAUCCUUAACACAAAUAGAGGUAUCUCCUGAUAGAAUUCAAAAAGUGGAGAGAUACAUUCACUUCAAACACCCUGAACCUCAUUCCCCAACUCUGCCAUCAUCACCCUCCUUCACCAAAAAAGAUAAGCUAGAAGCAAAAAGUUAUAGCUCAUCUUCAGAUGAUGAUGCUCAGUGGACAACUAAACAUGCCAAUUUAGAAGUAUCUUCUUAUGGAGUUUCAAAAGUAAAAAGAUACAUUUCAUUUGAACAGCUUGAAUCUUCUUCCCCAACUCUGUCAGUAUCAAGACCUUCAACUAGUGCGACCACAACUGAGGAAGCAAUAAAACCUUUGCAGCCAAGCACCACACCUAAAGAUUCAAGUCAAAAUGUGAAGAAACAUGUGUAUUUUAAGCAGCAUAAACACCAUUCCUCAUCUCUGCCAUCCUCCCCUACCUCUACCAGGAAAGGUUUUUCAGGGAAAAAGACUAAACGCAAAAAACAACAUGAUCAAUCAUACUAUGGAAGUCAUGAUAGCCUGCCACUAUACCAUGUCCAUCCUGUCUAUAGGUCAAGUAUCAACAGACUGAAUAGAAUAAUAAUACACCAAUACACAAUGAACAAGAAAAUAAAAAUAUACAAUUACCGAGUACCCAUCAAAAUUAGAGAUUACAAUAGCACCUGGGAUAAACAGAGGAUCCAUCAAACCAGAUAAAA